CGGCCGAUUCAGUCACGGUUCGGGGCUGGUCGUGUCGUGCACGUAUGACGGUCGUGCUGCUCGUAGCUUAGCGUUAGCGCAGUGUGUAUAGCCAGUUAGUCACCACAGAACAGUUCCAUCGCGGGACGGCGGUGUGUGAUAUGAGCGGGCUGGUGCACUGACAACAGGCGACAAAAAAGGACAUUUCUGUAUCAAUCGAGUGGAAUGCAGUAGCGGUGUAUAGUGACGAGGUGACUCGGUUAACUCGGUGCGUGGUUCGGUUUAUGGCCCACGCUAGACGUGUUCCUUUUCCGGUGAAUGUGGAGCGGAGGAAGUGAGAGUUAAGUCCGGGUCCCGAUUACUGAGCAGUGAUGGUGAUGGUUAUUUCCCUCGAAUAAAUACUGCUGAAUAUUCAUGAUCAAAUUAAUUGACCAACAAGUUCGGGCCAAUCAAGUGUGAAUCGGGUAAAUCAGAGGUUGUCGCUGAAGAAGAAUCAGAAAACGAAGAAGAGAAAUUUAUUUGCGUUUUAUCGAGCGUAACAAGUGAAAUUUAAUUGGAAAUGAAACUCGCGUGUAGUGACCCCUUCCUUUAGGGCCCGAUAAUGUGCUUAAUCUAAAUGUCCACGUGAUACUGUUUGUUCUUGCAUAUCGGGUUGAAAACCUUCCGAAGCCGUACACAGGUCAAACAGUGCGGAAGAAGCGCAAACGAAGAAGUCGCUGAAUAAACGGAUUAUACGGAAAAUUCGAAAAUUUCCCACCUCGUAACGGGCAUCAAUCAUCGUGGUUUGUGUGGCAGCUUCAGCACACCGUUGGCGUUCGUCGUCAUGCCGGAUCAGGAGGAGCACCGUUUCGGAGUGCCAUUCACCGUUUGAGUUAGUGAGUGUGUUGGUUCCGUUCCGUUCGUUGUUGGUUGGCUGGAAAAAUACCGGGACGAAGCGUUUCCCGUGCAUCCGGUUGAAUCAGCAAGUCCUUAGUGGGACCAGGGAUCAUGGAUCAAAUUCACGCCUCGCCGGGUUUCACAUUGUGCAGCGUGGUGUCAGCCGCUUGCCGGUCGUGAAUAGUGCUGGAUCGAAUCGGCGUGGACGAGUGUCAAUGCACAGUGUGUAGUGUGAGUGGGAUUGUAGUACCUUCCGUGCAGUGUACUAAAGCGCAGGUGGAUUUCCACCCGACCCGGUACGGAGCUUUCUAAUGGUUCGUCGUUGAAGACUCGGGAGAAUUUCGAUCGGUGGCGGGUGUGAUUGUUUGUGUGUCUGUCAACGUCGUACAGUGGGUGGCAGAGAAGCACCAUCGGAAUGGAUUAGGGAUCCGGCAGAGGUGGCGUCAGCGCCCCGCAGAUCCAGCUAUUGUGACGGGAUUUUAUCCGGAACAGGUGUAACUCAACCGCCUUUCAAUAAAACCAUUCUUCAAAUCGCCAUCAUGCAAAACGUGCCCAGUGAGAAGUGUCCAAGCGUGCAAACAAAAGAAAAUGAAUCACCACCCCCGCCGGUAGAGUCGCGGUGAAUUCAAGUGCAAGUGUCAGUAAAAAAGAAAAAUAGCUUUAUCCUGAAACGCCUAUCCUCGUCAUGUUUGCGGUGCUUCGUAGUUCGUAGUGUGGUGGUGCAAAAGUAGCGAGAAAACCACCCCCCCCCUCCCCAAUCGCUCCCAGUCUUGGUUACCAAUUAGAGCAUGUCCUCUUGUUCGUCGUCGGAUCACUUCCGGAUGAUGGCUCCGUCGAAGCAAAUUCGAUCCCGCAACGAUGACGCCGAGUGGCCCCACCAUCGAAACCAUCGUCGUCGUCGGUCCUGGUCGCCGUCGUUAAAAGCCAAUCCAUCAACCGACGCCACCGCGGAGAUGGAUUCGGGCAAUGAUUGCCGCCGUAUCAGUGCUAAUAGUGGCGAAAGUGGCGAUUGCGGUGCGGGCGGCAGCAGCAGCAGUGGGAAAGCGUAUCGAUUUCAGAAGCGGUUGGACUUGCAGCAGCAGCAUCACAAGUGCAAGUCCUACCGGAGAACGUUGGGGUCUGGUUCCGGGUCCGGUUGCGCGCUCGCGUCGUCAGUGUCGUGCCGGGAUGAAGUGUCACCAGUCGAUGGUCAUUCGUCGUCGGAGUCGCCGCCGUUGGCUAGGGUGGGUCGUGGUGGGUGCAGUGACAGCAGCGAGAUUGAAGGCCGAAGAUUUAGGUGGAGUGCGGGUAUCAGCUGGGGAUGGGCCAUCCACGGUGGUUGUGGACGAUCGAAUGUCUUCCUGAUGGCGGUGCUGUUCCUGUUGGCGGGGUUCUGCACACGGAGCGGAUGUGACGACACCGAUCAGUUUCAAAAGAGCAGAAAAUUCACACCCACCACUGCGACUGUAGAUACCAUUCCCGCCCGCACGGUAUGGGCCGCCGAAGGUCACCUGGCCGAACUGCCGUGCGACAUCACCGCCCAGGCGCAGGACGCCGUCAAGGUGGUCCUCUGGUUCAAGGAUUCGAUCGGCGUUCCCCUCUACUCCGUGGAUUCCCGAUCGGGCGUGUCGGUGCUGGAGGGCGUCCAGUGGGCCACCGGUGACGAUCUGGGCCAGAAACUGAAAAUCGUCAUCACCGAAAACCUCAAGGAAGCCCGGCUGCAGAUCAGCAACAUCAACCAAUCGGACUGCGGCGUGUAUCGGUGUCGGGUGGAUUUCUUCAACUCGCCCACCCGGAACUAUCGGUUCAAUCUGACGCUCGUUGUACCACCAGAGGAGCCGCGGAUAUUCGACGCUCAGGGAAAGGAAAUCGCCAACGUGGCUGGCCCUUUUCGGGAAGGGCACGAGCUUUUUCUGUCGUGUCAAGUUUCGGGAGGUCGACCCCCACCUCGGGUGUCCUGGUGGCACGGCGACAGGGAAAUCUCCGGUACGAGUCAUCCGUCCGCAAUCGAUGGCGCCGCUGCCAUGGUCAAUCAGCUCUUUCUCGGAACCGUCACCCGGGAGCUGUACGGAGCAAAGUUCCGCUGCAAGGCAGCAGUAUCCAAGCUGAUACCACCGCUGUCGAAGGAGGUCUCCAUCCAAGUGCACCUGAAACCGCUUCGGGUGAAAAUCGUUACCCCUAAUGAGCUGCUCAACGCCAAACAAGCCGUUCCUAUCAGGUGCAAUGUGUGGGGUUCCUUUCCGGCGGCCAAAAUCGUCUGGCUGCUGGACGGGGAGCCCCUGCGAAGCGCCGACAUCACUGUACAUAGUGACAACAAUGAUGCAAAUUUUACCUCCAGCAUACUGACGAUGGUGGUCUCGGCCGGUAACGACGGUUCCGAACUGACCUGCCGGGCGUCCAAUCCGUGGUUCUCGAACUUUUCACUCGAGGACAGACGGAUCAUCAACGUUGCAUACCAACCGGUCGUAUCGGUGCAUCUGGCCAACGAAGAUCCGAGCCGAGUCAUCACACGGUCCGAGGGAGAGAACGUUACGCUCAAGUGCCGAGCCGACGCCCGACCACCGGUGACGUCCUUUUCCUGGUACAAGAAUAACAUGCGGAUGUCCGGCGAGAGCGGCGAAACGCUGCACCUCACCCAGCUGGAGCGGGAAAGUGCCGGCGGGUACGCCUGUGCCGCCACCAACGAGGAAGGCGAAUCCCGGAGCUCCUCAAUAACUUUGAAGAUUCAGUUCGCACCUCGCUGUAAACCGGGAACCGAGCAGCAAACCAUCGGAUCUCUCAGCAUGCAAUCCCAGGUCGUCAAGUGUGAAGUGGAUGCCGAUCCGCCGGAUGGAGUCCGGUUCAGUUGGACGUACAACAGCACCCGGAACGUUUCACCGGUACUAAACUCUCGGAUAAAUUCCCACGGCCUGGUCAGCACCAUGAACUACCUGCCCCAGAUCGAUGCCGAGCUGGUGACCCUCCAGUGUUGGGCCUCGAACAGCGUCGGACGGCAGAUGAUGCCUUGCCUGUUCCACAUACUGCCAGCAAAAACCCCGGAUACGCCUCGCAACUGCGAGCUGCACAACGACACCGAGCUCGAAGUGGUUUGCCAAGCCGGCAGCGAUGGUGGCCUGGCGCAGCACUUUCUAAUGGAGGUCAUAGGUGGCGCCCCGCCACCCAUGUUCAGCCUCGACUACACUCGAAGCCCACCGACCGAGAUCGAUAACGAAAUCUCCACCAUGAAUGACCAGGCCACCCUAGCGCCGCUCUUCCGGAUCACACAGAACGAGCCACAUUUCAAGCUGCACAGUUUGGAACCGGGACGGAUGUACCAGCUGCUGGUGUACGCAGUCAACGCCAAAGGCAAGAGCGAGUCGGCGUACGUGUUCGACAACGUCCGGGCCGGUCAGGCGCUGAUACCACCCUAUGUGGACGAAACCAUCAUCUCGGAGGACCCGACCCCGGCGGAAACGUCCAACGCCGACAAGCAGAAGCAGCACUCGCAGAUGGUGAUGUUCGCGGCGGUAGCGGCCGCGGCCGGAGUCGUCAUCACCUCGGUCAUCGUCGCCGGCUUCGUCGCGAUAUGCAGGCUCAAGCGACCGAAACCACCCGAACCGCAGGAGGUGCGGAAGCGAAUGCGACCUGCCAGAACCGAUGUGCCAUCGAUGUACGCCGAGGACGACGUAUUUGAGGACGAAUUCCAGCGGCAGCCGGGUGACCCCCGGUGCAGUCGAGCUUCCUCCACCCUGCGGAGCAGCCGUUACAUCUCCGAGGGCUUUGUACAGUAUUCGCAGCCUAGUCUUAAUGUCUAUAUUGCAGAUCCGGACCUGAUUCUUCCUCGCGGAGGCGACAUCGAGUUCACAACCCUGGCGGGGGCCUAGCAGUGCGCCCCCCUCCUGCUGGAUGGUAGCGGUGGCGGUGGAAGCGGCGGCGGAGGCGGAAUCAAUCUCAAUGAAUCCUCCGCGGCCAUCAUCAUCGUCGACCAGAAACCACCGCAACAGCAGGUUCUGUAAAUAGAGCCACAUCCCACAGCAAUCCGACUCGUCCCCGAACUCCCAGCAAAAAGCAAGCUCAAACCCAUUUGUCGGCCGUCGCGUCGGUGUCGAAGGAAGGCGGCGGGGUGCGUAACUUUCCCCACAUUUGCCGUUUAUUAGUAGAAGAGUUGGAUAAUUUUUAAACAAUUGUGGAACAGUCAGUGGAACGAAUGAGGCUGGAUGGUUGCGAGUGUGCGAAAGGUGUCCAACCGUAGAUAAACGUAAAAUCAAAGCAGAAUUUUGUCUUUUCUGACGCAGGAGAGCGAAACGAUAUGACGAUGAUCAAAAGUAAGAAAUUUAAAACUGUUACUCACUGCCCCUCCGAAGCUCGAACUUUGGAUCUGCGGGGAUUGUGGUUUUUUUGAAUUUUGGAAGCAAAUAAACGGAGCAAACGCUACUAAUCCAGAAACUAAAUAUUUAUGAAACUUUGAGUAGAUUUAUUUUUUAGCCUAGCGAAGAACUCAAAAGUACAGAUGAUUUAUUGAAAUGAAGCAAGUUACUGUAUAAAUAUUUGUUAAGCGGAGCGAAGUCAAACCUAACGAAGCGAUUGAUGUAAAUUGAAAGCAGUAUGGGGAAGAGUAAAUCAAACAGAAAUAAAAAAAAUAAGAUACAAAACUAGGUAAUGAUUUUAGUUUAGUCGCAGAUAUUUUUUAUAAAAACAAUGGAAAUGACAAACUAAUGCGAAUUGAGAUGAGCAGCAAGUCCUAAACCAAAACAACCAACAAAUGGAAAUGGAAUUACAUACAGUAAACAAACAAUCAAAAUAAUUUCGUUUAAUGAAAUACAAGCCAUGAUUUUUUUUUCACACAGAGAA